UAAACCCUCACACUUGGCAGAUACAACUAGGGUUUUAGGUUCUGUGUGCCACUGGUUUCUCCUCUGUUCUAGUUCAUCAUAGUAAUUUGAAAUAUAUGGCGAAGCGUUUGAUUCCAUCUUUGAACAGGGUAUUGGUGGAGAAAAUCAUUCCUCCAUCCAAAACCAAUGCUGGGGUUUUACUGCCUGAAAAGACGAACAAGCUGAAUUCUGGAAAAGUUGUUGCGGUGGGUCCUGGGCUGUGGGAUAGAGAGGGAAAGCUAAUUCCCGUUGGAGUGAAGGAAGGAGACACCGUCCUGUUACCUGAAUAUGGGGGAACUGAAGUCAAGCUUGGCGACAAAGAGUAUCAUUUGUACCGGGAUGAGGAUAUAUUGGGAACACUGCAUGAUUGACGUCCUGUGCCAUCUCUCAUCUUGGCAAAGAAUAAUUCAUGAGCACAAUGUUCACCUUGAGCCAAAUUGUAGCAAGUAGUACAGCUUGGCCUCACAUUUUCCAUGGAACAGUUUUAUUCUGUUGGCUUUGAAUGAGAUGAAAGCGUCAUCUAGCUUUCUAUUUGUGGGAAACAAUCACUGUUGAUUUCUGUACAGAUUAUGGUAAUGUGCCAUAAAGUUAUGGUUAUGAGUCAUAGAUCUUCUUCCUAGAAAAAUGAUCAUGUUGUUCACUUAGUUGACUUUACCUGUAUGUUCCACAUGUCUGUGCUAAUUUGACAGCCAUAGACUUGAUCAUCAGAGAAACAUUUAUUAUGUUCUUCUUUCAUGGAAAGUUUUUUAGGUUCCUUAUUUUGUAAUUUAUUAUGUACUCAUGGUCAAGGAGACAUAUAGAUCAAUAUAUCUGAAUGAUAAAACGACAUGUUUUAAUUAUUAA